UCGAGUUACAAUCACUCGCGAUCUCGCUGACCGGUUUAUAGUAAGCCGAGCCGGGCGCGACGGAGGUCGUAUAAGUGUGCAAUACAAAAACAAAACUUGACAAAAUGAAUUUCCUUUUCAAAAUUAUAGCAUUACUUGCUUUGGCCUGGAGUAACAACGCAUCCCAUAGAGCUUCCAUGCCGCUUAUUAGAAACGUGCAUCGCGGAGGUGAUCAUUUCGAGGGCCCACAUUGGUCAGUAGCUGAGAACGCACUGUACUGGGUGGACAUUGUAUUACAACGGGUGCUCAGACUCGACGGAGCCAGCGGCAAUGUUACCACCAGGGAAAUUGGGUUCGGACCUGUAUCACUGGUGGUGACAGUGAAAGACAAUCCCAAGUUGGUGCUGAUCACUUCAAGGGCAGGAGUGUUCUUCCUGCCCUGGGACGCGAGCCCAGGAGAUUCCGCCAUGAGGCAGCUCACUGUGGUCGACCUCGGCCACCCUGACAACAGGGGCAACGACGGGAAAGUCGACGCUAAAGGCCGGCUUUGGUUUGGAACAAUGGGCUCUGAGGUGAAUGGAGAAGUGGAUACAGACCAGGCGACGUUGUACUUGCUGGAUCAAUACAACUACGUGCACCCCGAGGCGAAAGUCCGGCCGGUGUCCGUGUCUAACGGCAUCGCGUGGACCUCCGACAAUAAGUACAUGUUCUAUAUCGACACACCUACUCGGAAUGUGGACGUCUUCGACUUCGAGCUUGCUACCGGAUCCAUCCGUAACAGGAGGACUUUGUUCAGUUUCCAAGCUAACAAUGUAACUGGUCUUCCUGACGGCAUGACGAUUGACACCGAUGGCAAUUUGUGGAUAGCCUGUUACGAUGGCGGAAAGGUAAUCAAAGUAGAUUCAAGGUCAGGCAAACUGUUGGAGAGCCAUAAGAUGCCGGCAACCAAGGUGACGUCGGUCAUGUGGGGUGGGCGGGACCUGUCUACCUUGUAUGUCACCACCAGUCGCAGAGGCUUAUCAGCAGCUGAACUCGCAGAGCAACCUGAAGCCGGCUCACUGUUCGCUAUAGAAGGCACAGGGUCUAAAGGCUACCCAGAAAAUCUAUUUAUCUUCCCUGAUGCUGCUACGUAUUAAUGAUAGUUACUAAUGUACUUACACAGAAUAUACAUACAAACAUAACCAAGAUAAAGUAGACAUGGCAUUCCAAAAUUGUUAGAACUAAUGUAUCAUAAUGUGUAUGUAUAUGGGUAUCUACCGGAAAUAAAUGCAUUUUAUUUUA